UAAUAUUAAAAGAUGAGAAUAGGUUUUGCCCUGAUAUUCGCUACAUUGCUAGCAUUCUCGGUACUUGGUAAAAGAGACAUCUCUUCCAACAAGUUCGGAUCUCUCGAAGUUACACAAGAAUUUGAUGAUAUCGUUGAGAAAGAAGUCUUCUUCUCUGAUGAUAGUCUUUACUUUGAUGAUGAAGUCAGAUCGGAUUUCCUAAUGGAUUCCAUUGAUCAAGCUAAGGUUCAUAUGAACACCAACCUGAAGGAAACUAUUUACAAAUGCAAGGACAAGGAUUGGGGAUCAAAAGAAGAGUUCCAGUUCCUCCCAGUCUUCGUUGGAUCUCUUAUGACUGAUGAGACUGUUGUCGAGUAUGAGGGAACUUGCUUCGAGAAGAUGACAUUCACAAUGAAGCAUAACUCGGAUAAUUCAGUUAAAGUUUCUAUUGAUGCUAGGAAAAAGAAGAGCACUUUCUGUAAAGAAGCUUUGUUCCUUUCCACCACAAUGAGACACCAUGUUGAAUACUUGUUCUUGGAGAGAACUCAUCAUCUGACUCUGAAGAACCUUGACGAUGAUGACAUCAUCGAUCUGAACUUAACCGGGCUCAAAAUGUAUCUCUUCUGUGAUGGAGUUAUGGAUAGUUUCAUCUCUGUGUUCAAUACUGCUAAGUUAUUCCUCGGAGGGCUUGGAGAUAAUCCAAAAUUGCCAAUUAUUGGAUCCCAUGUGCCAGAAUAUAUGGAGAAAGCUAAUGUGCAUUUCAUUAAAGAAGCCAUUGGUUGGGAUAUGCAAAAAAGAGACGUCACUUAUGUAGAUCUUGAUGAGUCUGAAAUUCACGAUGGUGAUUACUUUGCUAUUACUAGACUUGAUGGGCUUGAUGAAAUUAUCAUGUGGGGAACUGGAGGAAGAACUGGACACUCAACAGUUGCUCUUUGGAUUGACGGAGAACUUCAUGUUAUUGAAUCCCAAGAUGCUUGGUAUUGGCCUAAACAUAACAUUCAAAGAAACACUUAUAAACAGUGGGUCGAGUGGGCUAGGAACUGUGACUUUAAUGUAGCUAUUCUUCCAUUGAGAGAUGAACUCAGAGCUAAGUUCAACAACACUGCUGCUUUGGAAUUCUUCGAGACUGUUGAAGGCAUGCCAUAUGGAUACCAUAACUUCUUGUUCUCCUGGAUUGAUACAGUUGAUAAGAAUUAUCCUCCAGUUGCUCCAAAAGAACUCAUCCCAAUUGUUUUAGACAUCUUUGCUCAGAUUAUGCCAGCAACUAUUGAUACUUUCUUCACCCAAGCAAUGAAUCAAAGAUUGGGAACAUCAGGACUUAACUAUAGACAAGUGAUAGUCGAAGCUGCACUCAGAAAUACCACCAUGCUCGAACUCAUGGCUCAACCAGAACUUGAUGGCUGGAUGUAUUCUGAUGGCUACAGUUAUGUCUGCAGUUGCUUUGUUGUUGCUAUCUGGAAAGCUGCCGGAAUCUUUGGUGAUCUCGAAAUCAACGCUGUUGAGUUCACUCCCAAGGAUGUGUACCAACUCAAUGUGUUCAACACCACAGCUGCCAUUUCAGAGAAGUGCAAGAGCGCUGACCCAACUCUGCCAUACUGCCAAAUUUUGGGCAAGUACAGAAUGGAGUUGAAUGGGUAUUCAAGCGUUGACAUGUACAGCCACAUGAAUGAGAACUGUGAAUCAGAGUAUCCAGACUACAUUAGAAAUGAUGGCUGCUAAUCAAUUCUUAUUGGUCGUUCAAUCAAG